UGACUUCAAAUCAUGUCAAUUGAGAAAGGGAAGAAGGGAAUUAUGUAUUGUUAGUUGUCACACGUUGGCCUUUAUUUCUCAACUAAUCGUGACCAUCUGUUGACUCUUAACACACAAUAUCGGUUAACGACACUUGAAGUGUUCGCGCGGAAGAUUUGUCUCGACUUUUUCUCAUUCUUUUCCUCUAUUUUUGGUAAAUUUUAUUCAAAGUGAACAUCAUGACAAUAGAUAGAGGCUUUUUAAAUGUGUUGAUACUGAGUUGGGGAUUUAUGCUGGUAUUUACCGCGUUUCAGACAAUGGGAAAUAUCGAGAAAACAGUGCUGCAAAGUAUUAACGAGGAUGAUCCGAAUUUCACCGGCGAGGCCUACACUAGCUUAGCGAUAAUCUAUGCCGUGUUCGCCACGUGCAAUUGGUUAGCGCCGUCGUACAUUUCGAUGACAGGGCCGAGGAUCGCUAUAUUGACCGGCGCUUGUUGCUACGUCCUUUUCAUAGGAUCUUUCCUCUGGCCUCAAAACGUUCUGCUCUAUGCUGCUUCCUGUAUCCUAGGUCUGGGAGCUGCUUUGAUAUGGACUGGACACGGACAAUACCUAACGGAAAACAGCGACUCGGACACAAUGUCCAGAAACGCUGGUAUAUUCUGGGCGAUUUUUCAGUGCUCCAUGUUUGCUGGCAACCUUUUCGUCUACUUCAUGUUUACCGAUUCUAAGAUCAAUGCGACGACUAGGAGACUCGUUUUCGGUGUGCUCACCGGAUUAGCUAUUCUCGGCACGUGUUUACUGGCUACCUUGAGAAGGAUAUCGAAUAGCCUAGUUUUAGGCGAAGCAGAAGGUGUCUCCAGCGCUGACAAAGAACUUCGCAUACCAGAACCUGCAAGGAAGAAACCGUUGUUGGCUGCCUGGCAUGCUUUAACCGAUGCGAUCGAUCUUUUUAUUACAAAAAAGAUACUUCUGCUAUCUUCCAUGUUUGUGUAUACUGGACUGGUGUUGACGUUUUAUUCGGGCGUCUACUCGUCCAGUAUCGGAUUCACCAAAGCAAUGGGUGAUUCGCGUAAGAGUCUGAUUGGUCUUUCUGGAAUUUUCAUUGGAAUCGGAGAAGUGGUUGGCGGAGCUCUCUUUGGCAUCUUUGGCUCGAAGGUAUCUCGUAUCUGUGGCGUGUGGUCGGUGGUGCUUACCGGGUUCUGCGCACAUUUAUUCGCUUUCGUUUCCAUUUUCUUGAAUCUACCGAACGACUCGCCAUUCGCAGAUACCGAUAGCAUAGGAUAUAUCACUCCCUCGCCAGUUUUGGCAAUGGCUGGAAGUCUCGCUCUGGGUUUUGGAGAUGCCUGUUUCAAUACCCAGGUCUAUUCGUUAUUAGGCAUAUUAUUUCCACAACGAAGUGCACCAGCUUUCGCACUGUUUAAAUUUUGCCAAUCGGUCGCGGCUGCGGUAAGUUUCGCUUACAGUAAUGUCGUUUAUCUCCAUGUACAGCUCCUAAUCUUAACGAUAACGAUCGUUAUUGGUACUACUACUUUCUGUUUCGUUGAGUAUAGCACAAGAAGGGAAAGAGAGAGUAGUCAAUCGGAGAGCGACGUGUCGAGCGAGUAACCUAUUUAAGGACCAACGUUGCGUUAACGUAACAUUUCAUUUAUAAUCUUAUCAUGAUUUAAUUAAUUAAUUCGCAUUAUCUAAUUUUAUCGAAUUUACAUUAUGAUUAUGAAAUUCUAAAAAUUUAUUGGGUGUUUUUAUCUUUAGCAUUUCUUCUUUCGCCUAAAUUUAAUAAUAUUGCCAAUUUUAAAAAAAGUUGAACUUCUGAACAUUAUAGAACUUGUUUGAUGUACCUUUUCUCUAAUAAUGUUGCGUUUACGCAACUUUUACACGUUAUCUCAUUGUUUGGUUCUGAAUGGAUUACAAAUAGAGAAAAAAUAGAACGAUGGAAGCUUAAAAAAUGCUCAAGCAAAUGAAUUUAUUUUAUUGUUAUGAGAAGAGUGGUAACAAUGAUAUAUUAUUUUAUAAAAAUAGAUAGUUAAGACUAAAGAUUUUGUUAUAUAUAUAUAUACGCAUACAUAUGUAUUAGAUUGGAGCGUAUGAAUGUCGUUUUUUUCAAGUUUGAAUUUCGCGCGCUAAUACCACGCAUUCAAUUCUGUCCCAUUAUUAGUUAUCAACCACGUUAAAGAAGGAAUUUAUUAUAUAAGUCAGGAGUAUUCAAUGUAAAGAUUUUCUUGCGAAAUUUAAAUUUGGAAAAAGUAGUGGUGUUGGAAGCAUAAAGAUUUCUGGAAAUCUAAAUAUAGAAUUUGGGGGAAGACUAAAGAUUUUUCCAAUUCCACGUAAGCAAUUUUUUAAUGCGUAAAUUAUUUCAAAGGAAUUUAUAAACCGAGGAAAUUAUAUCAGCUCUAUUUGUAGACUUUUUGAAUUCUAUAAUUGACUAAUUCCAAAAUUGUUAUGAAUCAGAAGUAAUGACAAAAAUUAGUUAGUUUUCAAAAAGCAUAUCAAACGAUAUUGAAAUUACUAUGAUCAAAUACGAUACAUAUGAAGAAACUACGUACAACUAAAGCUUUAUUGUAUGAAACGGCAUUUAAUAUGCAUUGAUCCAACGUUAACAAUUUUUGCUGCUACUGACGCAACAUUGCGUCGCUUUAACUACAUAUUUAAAUAACGCUGUUCAUUUAACUGUUGCGUUUUUGUUUUUACGAGCUUUAACGAAAGACUUAGAAAGACAAAAACAAUAAUGAACAGUGUGUUAACAGAUAUCACCUAAAAUAAAGACAUUUCUGACGACAACUGUGUAAUUUCAGAGGUAGAGAAACUAUAUUUUUGUAGCAGCGAAUGUGUUAAGCCUUAAACAAAAAUGAAUAACGAGAUAAGAAUAUUGACGAAUCGUGUAAUUCCAAUGUUUCAGUACCAUUUCGUAAAAGACUGCGUUUCUAUUAAUUAUUUUAUGAUAGUUACCAACUAAGAAACAUUGAAACGAAAUAGAUUAUAAAUUUUUGUUGUAUAUUUUGUUACUACCGUCGAAUAGUAAUUUUGCACUUGUAAAAUAAUUCCAAGUAAUUCUACUAGAUUCUGGAAGUUCGUGGCAUUUUCGAAAAAGCAUCACAUCUCUUUAUCUAUAUAUAUAUAUAUAUUAAAGAUAAAUUUAUUUUUUUUAUGAAUCUUGUUAUUUGUAAGUCUAUUUUUAAUAGUGAAUAUUAUCAUAAUUAUAGGAAAGGAUUAUGAUGGUAGAAAGAGUAUUUAAGAACUUCACGUCUAUAUUAGGGGUAGAAAAUAUAUUUAAUCUAUGUUUGCAAUUAAGAUGCAGAAAAUAUGAAACGAGUAUCAAAUAACCCCAGUCAAUGCAAUAUCUUUUUUAUACCGUUUGCAUAAUAAUUCGUGCUGUUGUAAGAUAUAUAGUAUCACUAUAAAACUAUGAUUGUUAUUAUAUGAAUUUGCAGUUACAGAUUUUGAUAAAGCUUUUAGAUGAUCGAACAUUUUGUUUAAACAAGUUUAUAUAUAUUUUAUAGAUAUAUUUUAUUUCCGGUAAUCGAAGUUAGGAGAAAGAUUCUGUUGUAAAGAGAUUAGGAUUGUGAAAUGUUAUAAUGUAAGAUGAUAUAGACAUUGUUUGAACUGAGUAUAAAGCGAAAAUAGCUAUAUUUUUUUAAAAAGAUUAGUGAUAAAGAGAGCACUGUGCUUCCGUGUGAAUAAAUAGCACGAACUUCCAUUGACGUAAAUGUCUUAUAAUUUGUAUUUAUAUUAUACAUUGAUACAUGUAUUGAUAUAUGUUCAAUGGAAUAGAGUUCUCGCAGUUUUGAAAUGUGGUAAGACUGUAAUAUGCAAAGUUAGUUCAUUACAUUCUCGAUAACUGCGACAGUAAACGGUUUUCUAUCGAUAUUUUAAAAAACGUUGAAGAAAUGAUAUUUUCUAGUAUUUACAGCAAUAGUAUGAAAAAUAAUAAAAACAUGUAUUAUCGAUUAUGUACAUAUGUAUGUACGUUAAUAUACGAACAAAAUAAUUUUGAACUUAUUUUUCAUGGUGUCGAAGGAAAUAGUCAAUGAUAUUGUACUUUGUAUGAAAAUAUUCUGUACAUAGGAAUAACCUGUUAACUUUGAGAUUAAUUUAAGACAUAAUCCUACCGUUUGGUGUAUGUACCGUUUAGAUAUAGAAUAAGUACAUUUUUGUCUAUUAAUAAAAUUCGUCUAUUCUCGUUGAUCAAUUUCUGUCAAUUUUUAAAAUCUAUGUAAAUGUCAAUGUUCACAAAAUAUAUAGAAAAUUUAUUCAGGUUUCAAACCGUUCUUAGUUAAAGUAUUAUUGUAAAUAUAUUACGACCAAAUUUGUAAAUAUAUGUAAUUUGAAUUGCAAUAUAUGAUACAGAAAGCAUAA